UUAAUGUGAACCAGAAUUCACGUAGUACAUACGUAGCUCAUACCUAGAUCUACUAAGUUCAUGUGUGCGCGAGCCUGUCCAUGUAAUUUACGUUUGCCAGUGCUAAGUACAAAUAAAAAGAGUUAAUAAUAAUCAUGUUGUCGUUGCACGUUGUCGUCGUUUAGGCCAAUCUCCAAUACUAGAUACAGAAAGGACGGAUAGCUGGUAAACCGUGCCACGCCGCCGCCCACUGCUAGAAUGUUGUCCGUAGUUAAAGAAAACGUCAAGGAAAUGCGAACAAAUGCCAAAGAUGCGACGACCAAUGUCAAGUACUGGCAUCAAACUUACGGAUCUGUGAUGGCUUCGUUAACGAUUUUGAUGUCGUCAUUUUGGACAAUAUACAUUUCGCCAGUUCUGCUGAAAUUCAACAAUAACGAAAUCGACUUCAAUAUAACGGUGACGGAAAAAACGUGGAUCGUGUCGAUAAUGGAUUUUGGUAACUUACUCAGCCCAAUCGUGGCUGGGCAAGUGAUGGACCGGUACGGAAGAAAAAGAACGCUGGUAUUUUCGGCUUUGGUAUACGUUGCAUGUGCGGUUUUGGUGUUAUUCGCGCGCUCUGCAGCUCAUCUGUUUGCAGCCAGAUUAUUGGCCGGCAUCAGUAAGGGCCUUGCAUUCACCGUAACACCAAUUUACGUGGCCGAAAUCUCCUCCAAGAACAUUCGCGGCAAGCUAAGUUCCUAUUUCUACGGCUUCUUCUGCGUGGGCACGGUGGUGGCAACCGCCAUCGGACCGUACGUUUCUUUUCACACUUAUAACCUGAUCAGUCUAACGCUGCCUGUCUUCUUUCUCGUCAUGACCAUACCGUUGCCGGAGUCCCCUUACUACUACGUAAUGACCAAUCAACAAGAUAAGGCUAAGAAAGCGUUGCAGUGGUACCGAGAUAUUUCCACCAAACAGAAAGAGUUUUUGACAGAAAUGGAAUUCGAAGAGAUCACCGAAACCAUCGCCAGUCAAUCGACAGUCAAAGGAAACUACAAAGAAUUAUUCGCGAAUAGCGUGUUCCGCAGAGCUCUGGUCAUCGUAUCGAUGAUAGGUCUGACGCAGCGUUUCGGCGGCAUCAGCUACAUGCUGUCAUACGGUGCCCACGAUUUACCGGAUAGCGGCGCCCGCAACUGGUUCGCAGUGAAAGAAUGUUUCGUCGUGUUCAGCGUCGUAUCGAUUUUGGCCAACAUUCCUCCGGCCAUAUUCGUAGACCGUGUAGGACGGAAGCCCAUCUUACUGUGGUCGGCGAUAACGACUAGCGUCGUCCUGUACGUGGGCGUCGCGUAUUUCGUAAUUUUCAACGCAAGCGGACGCAAUAUUGCCUGCGGUUGUGGCGGCGUCUCCCGCGACGAUAAGUAUUUUUGGAUUCCGUACGGUGUGGUGAUAUUUUUUUCAUUUUCAUUCACCGCCGGCUUGGGCGUCCUUACGGCCACCUUUCAGGGCGAAAUGUUUCCAUCCAAAAUCAAACGGUACGCUUCGUCAACGUUAAUAAUGCUACUGUCGGCUGCUUCGUUUCUUAUCAACUUGAGUCAUCAAACGGUAACCGAGCGUUUUGGCGUUGCCGGCAAUUAUUUCGUAGGCGCAACCAGUUGCGCGUGUUUCUCUGUGUACGCUUAUUUCUAUGUAUUCGAAACGAAAGGUAAAACCUUGAAAGAAAUUCAGGAUAGUUUGAUGGGCGAUGUGAAGACACCGACGACAACAACCACGCUGGAAUCAGCACCGCCACCACCAUCGUUGGCCGAAGAAGUCAAAGAGCAAGUUCCGGUUGCCCCUGCCAGCGAAUCGUAAAAACCACCAAAACUUCAAACUGAUGAACUGAAACAAAAUUCCAAAUGUUGCGCCAGCAGAAACCAUUUCUCUUCAUUCGGAUUCUAGUCCAUUUUUAAAAUUCGUAAAUACUCGCGAACCAUUUUCAAAUUGCGUCAAUUUUCAAUACGAAAUCAAAAGGGGGAAAGAAACGCCGCACCGGAUCGAAGCACUACAAAUACAUAAGCCAACAAUUCAUUACAAUAUAGUAAUUAACUAUCAAUCGUAGUCUAGUCCGAGAUGAGACAUUUUCGCGUUACUGAUUUUGAAAUAAAAGUCUACGAGUA